GGUUCGGUUAAACAUCUGAUUUUUGAAAAUGGACUACGAUUUUAAAAUGAGAACGAAUGCUCUGAGAGUUAAUGUAGAUGAUAUGUUUACUUAUGAAGGCUGCAAAGUUGGCAGAGGUACAUACGGACAUGUUUAUAAGGCUAAACAUAAGCUUGAAAAAUCUGACAGAGAAUAUGCAUUAAAAUUAAUAGAAGGUACUGGUAUAUCAAUGUCUGCUUGCAGGGAGAUAGCAUUAUUAAGGGAAUUAGAGCAUCCAAACGUUAUCAAUCUUAUUAGAGUAUUCCUAUCACACAUUGAUAGAAAAGUAUGGCUACUCUUUGAUUAUGCUGAACAUGAUCUUUGGCAUAUUAUUAAAUUCCAUAGAAGUGCCAAAGCUAAUAAAAAGUUAAUUGCUGUGCCUAAGAGUAUGGUUAAAAGUCUUUUAUAUCAAAUUUUAGAUGGAAUCAAUUAUCUGCAUAACAAUUGGAUUUUGCACAGAGAUUUGAAACCGGCGAAUAUUUUAGUGAUGGGCGAUGUGUCCAAUACUCAAACACUCAACAAUGGAGUCAAGAGAGGACUUGUCAAAAUUGCUGACAUGGGGUUCGCUAGGGUAUUCAAUAAUCCUCUGAAGCCUUUGGCAGAUUUGGACCCCGUCGUUGUUACGUUUUGGUACAGAGCCCCAGAAUUAUUGCUCGGUGCAAGGCAUUAUACCAAGGCAAUAGAUAUCUGGGCUAUAGGCUGCAUAUUCGCGGAACUUCUAACCUUCGAGCCAAUAUUCCACUGCAGGCAAGAAGACAUUAAGACGAGCAACCCUUAUCACAAAGAUCAAUUGGAUCGUAUUUUUAACGUCAUGGGAUUCCCUUUAGAAAAGGAUUGGGAAGAUAUCAAGAAAAUGCCGGAACACAUCACCCUUUUGAAAGACUUCAAGAGAGCCAAUUACUUGAAUUGCAACUUGGUCAAAUACAUGGAAAAAUACAAGAUCAAACCGGAAUCCAAAGCAUUUACCUUAUUAUCGAAAUUGCUGAUCAUGGACCCCACCAAGAGAAUCACGGCCGAACAAUCUAUGACCGAUGGCUAUUUCACCGAAGACCCAUUACCCACCAAAGACGUAUUCGAUGGAAUGUCUAUACCCUAUCCUAAAAGGGAAUUCAUAACUGACGACGAAUCCGAGGAGAAGAACAAUGUAGACAACAAUAAUGUCGCGAAGAUUAACACCAUGUUCAACACGAAUACAAAUCCCCCGAAUAAUAACGCGAAUAGUCAGCUGAUCGGUAGCGGCAACAACAACAUUCAACAUUCCCAACAAAUGAACAAUCUCAAUAACUUGAACAACUUGAACAAUCUAAAUAACAUGAACAACAUGGCCGCCAAUCAUCACCAACAGUCUUCCAACAACAAGAGGGUGUGUAUGGAAGGCGGCAAUUUCUUGAAUAGCCACGCAAACCUCAGCAACCAUCCCAACUCAUCCAUGGGAAAUUUGAGCAGCAUGAAUAACAUGAAUCCCAACAUGAAUCCAAAUAUGAAUAACCUGAGUAAUAUGAAUGCCAACAAUAAUAACGGCAACGGUCAAAUAGGUAAUAACAUGCCUCAAGGCGGUAUUUACAAUAAAAAUAACAACAAUGGCGGGACCAAUAGCGGGGCCGGUAACGGCCUGCCCAAUUCUCAAUACAUGAGCAUGAAUAUGAAUCCCAAUAACCACAACAACAAUAAUAACAACAACAACAUGGCCAACCUCGGAAACAAUAACAGGAAUAACCCGUACGUGAAUCAAAAUAAUCCUAAUAUUAAUAGUAACAAUAAUCGGAUGUCCAAUCAAAACGCCAAUAAUAAUAUGAUGGCCAAUCAAAACGCGAAUAAUAAUCUGAUGGCCAAUCAAAACGCGAAUAAUAAUCUGAUGGCCAAUCAAAACGCCAAUAAUUAUCAGAGGCAUCAGCAAAUGUAUAAAUAAAAUAUUAUAUUUUAAAAACGUAUUUUUUAGGAAUUAAUUUAUUAUCUGAAAUCGUGUUGUUUAUAAACGUUUCUCGUGCCUAAAAAAUAGAUUAUAAGCUGAACUGAAGAUGCAGAUUUAAUAUAUGUAUUUUUAUUAUCUAUAGAUAAAAAAUUCAUUUAUUUUGUGGAGUUAAUCAAUCUAAGAGUAUUUCAAUAUUUUAUCGUAAUUUUAUGUGGAAUGGGUUGUUAAUAUUUUUAUACUGCGAUUACAUUAGCUCCCAAUUUUAUCAUUAU